AUGGAUGGUCAGGAUCCAAAUGAUCCGUAUAUCUUCCAUGAAGAUGGGUUGGCUAGUCCACUCCUCUUCGACAGCACAGCCUCUACCGUAAUUGCGGGAGGUGCUGCACCCGAUGUUGGCAAUGCUUUGUUAGACGACGUUGUCGACAUCGAAAAUGAGAGGGUGGGCGCGGGGGAGGCAUCUUCGUCCGAGAGCGAUUCUGAGGUCGAGCUUGAUGAGCUCCACGUCGGCCUUGCUGCUCUUGACGACCCACCUGAGGUUGCCAUUCCUGAAGCAUUUCAGGGUGACAAUCUCGUGUGGGAUCUGGACGAUCCAACUAGCGAUUCGGGGUAUAUCAGCCCCUAA